AGCGGGCGCCGUGCGCGUGUCCCGCGGCCGAGCUGCUAAUAAAGUUGCAGCGGGGGAAAGCGCAGCGACGGUGCCGGGAGUGAGCGCCCAGCCUGCCCGUGAUUUAAUGUAACCAGUUUUGCUUGCCUGGAAAAGAUCAUCCUACAUAGGGCCGGAGAAGGCAAGACACAAGGCACGAUACCCCCAGAACUUGAACCAAUGAAAGAAGCAUAUGGUACUUCUGAAGAUAAAUGUUACUUCUCCUUUUUUAAUCAGAACUGCUUAGGACCUGUGUAUGACUUUUCAGGUGUGAUCUGUCCUUUCAGUAGCUUCUGACUUUGAGUUACAGGAAGGUCUCUGAAGAUUUGUAUCAAAUGACGUCAAUGGCCAGCUUGUUUUCUUUUACUAGUCCAGCAGUAAAACGAUUGUUGGGCUGGAAGCAAGGUGAUGAGGAGGAGAAAUGGGCAGAAAAGGCAGUCGAUGCUUUGGUGAAAAAGUUAAAAAAGAAAAAGGGUGCCAUGGAGGAACUGGAGAAAGCCUUGAGCAGUCCAGGACAGCCAAGCAAAUGUGUUACUAUUCCCAGAUCUUUAGAUGGACGCCUGCAAGUUUCUCACAGAAAAGGCUUACCCCACGUUAUAUAUUGUCGUGUUUGGCGCUGGCCUGAUUUACAGAGUCAUCAUGAGCUAAAGCCAUUGGAUAUUUGUGAAUUUCCUUUUGGAUCUAAGCAAAAAGAAGUUUGUAUCAACCCAUACCACUAUAAGAGAGUGGAGAGUCCAGUCUUACCUCCAGUAUUAGUGCCUCGUCAUAAUGAAUUCAAUCCACAACACAGCCUUCUGGUUCAGUUUAGGAACCUGAGCCACAAUGAACCGCACAUGCCACAAAAUGCCACGUUUCCAGAUUCUUUCCACCAGCCCAACAAUACUCCUUUUCCCUUAUCUCCAAAUAGCCCCUAUCCCCCUUCCCCUGCUAGCAGCACAUAUCCUAACUCUCCGGCAAGUUCUGGACCAGGAAGUCCAUUUCAGCUCCCAGCUGAUACACCUCCUCCUGCCUAUAUGCCACCAGAUGAUCAGAUGGGUCAAGAUAAUUCCCAGCCUAUGGAUACAAGCAAUAAUAUGAUUCCUCAGAUUAUGCCCAGUAUAUCCAGCAGAGAUGUUCAGCCUGUUGCCUAUGAAGAGCCCAAACAUUGGUGUUCAAUUGUCUACUAUGAAUUAAAUAAUCGUGUCGGGGAAGCUUUUCAUGCAUCUUCUACUAGUGUGUUAGUAGAUGGAUUCACAGAUCCUUCAAAUAAUAAAAGUAGAUUCUGUUUGGGGCUGUUGUCAAAUGUUAAUCGUAAUUCGACGAUUGAAAACACUAGACGACAUAUUGGAAAAGGUGUUCAUCUGUACUAUGUUGGCGGGGAGGUGUAUGCAGAGUGCCUCAGUGACAGCAGCAUAUUUGUACAGAGUAGGAACUGCAACUUUCAUCAUGGCUUUCAUCCCACCACUGUCUGUAAGAUUCCCAGCAGCUGCAGCCUCAAAAUUUUUAACAAUCAGGAGUUUGCUCAGCUUCUGGCUCAGUCUGUCAACCAUGGGUUUGAGGCAGUGUAUGAGCUCACCAAAAUGUGCACCAUUCGAAUGAGUUUUGUCAAGGGCUGGGGAGCAGAAUAUCACCGGCAGGAUGUCACCAGCACCCCAUGUUGGAUUGAGAUUCAUCUUCAUGGGCCUCUUCAAUGGCUGGACAAAGUCCUUACUCAGAUGGGCUCCCCUCUGAACCCCAUAUCUUCUGUUUCAUAGUGCAGAAGUAUUCUUUUCAAUUAUAUUAUUAGUGGACUUGUUUUAAUUUUAGAGAAACUUUCAGUACAGAUACUGUGAGCUUACAUGGAAAACACAUGCUACAGCCUUUUUUUUUUUUUUUUUUUACAUAAUUGUGACCAAUAUAUUUGUAUUUUGUGAUGAAUCUACAUUUGUUUGUAUUCAUUUUCAUGUGAUUAACUCUCAAAAGUGUUGUAAAGGAUGCACAGUAAGUAUUAUGCCCCAAUUCAGAACAUGCUCUUCAACUGGAACACACUUUUGCUUUAUUGUCCCAACAAUUUUUUUAUUUGCUAUUUUUGAAAAGCAGUGCAUCACAUGAUGAGAAAUUUAUAAUACUGUAAAAGGAUAUAUACAGUGAAAAGUAUGUCUUCCCUCCUAUUCUUGAUCUUCCAGAUGCUAUACUUUUACCAGUUUCUUUGUCCCACUAACUUAAAAAAUAUAUGUAAUUCAUUGUUUUGCAAAAGCAUAUGGUUGGGGCUUAAAAGAAACUAUAAAAAAAUUUCUUUUAUUUGAAGGAACACUAUGCAUUGCUCUAACAAAUAUUGUUCAGUAUGGUCAAAGCAAAGUGAUAGUUUUCUAGAUGACAUCAUAAAAUUUACAUUCAAUACAGCUAAAGUCAGUGUAAUGUGACUUCAUACUAUAUAUCUUGUAAAACAUUUCUUUUUUUAAAAAAAAACAAUGAUUGCAAAUAACUGAUCUCCAGUAUAUGUCAUUUACUCAAAAUCUAUCAUAAGUACUACUUUAUAGCUAGUUAACAGUGCAUGCACGGCCUUGUUCAGCUAUGUUUGCUGCUUUUGGCCCAUGUUGCAAGAACUCUAAUUCUGACAUGCAUUAAUCUUUUAUUUUGCACUUUUAUGGGUGACAGUUGUUAGUGUACCCUUUGGUAAAACACACUCAAGUGACUUAGACUUAGAUGCUUGUCCUUACUUCCUUGGUACCCCAUUUGUAUUAACAAACACUACAGUUUAUAGAUUACAGUUGUAGAAAGUUAUGCUUUUUCUAGCUUUUGUUUUAUUUUCAACCUAGGAUAUGAGACUAUUAUUCUUUAGCUCCAACUUAAGGUGCCUUUUUAACUCUCUACAGUUUUAUAGAUGUUAUUAAUGUUGGAAAAUCAUGUACUUAAUGCCAUUGCUCUUACUUUCAUAAGUCUCUCCAUGCAAGGACCUAUGCACUGUAGCCAUAGGAAGCUCUUCAGUUGGUCCCCAAGGAUGUGACUACUGGUCUGAUAUUUAAAUCAAUCAGUAGUGGAUAUUGGGACAGCUGAUAUAAAAGAAUGCAGACAGUUCUCUCACUUAUCAUUGAUGCUCUGUCUUUUUACAUUGUUUUAGUACCUACAUGGAUGCUAGACCUCAGAACACAAUUUUUAGAGAAGAAGGACAUGAAAACUCUAAAAUAUCCAUUUAGCCAGUCAUGCCUUUGGCUUUAAGUAAAGGAUUCUUAACCACUUUUUCUAGGGAGCAGUGAAAUGGACAUUUAGUUAUGGCAAGAGAAUGAAGAAAUUAUUUUGGGGGAAAAAGACCCAAUUUACCUAUCAGAAGCUUUAUUUUCUGGUGCCUUUUGAAAGUAUAUGGAGCCAUGCAAUUCUUCUGUUUAAAAUGUUAGUUUGGUUUGACUUUCUACUUUGCCCUUUCUUCUUUUAUGAUUUAAAAAAAUACAUUUUUUGAAGAAAAGAUUAUGCAAUUCCUUUUGUUUUCUGUGUCAUUAUUUAUUGCUUUUCUGAAGUGCAGCCAGUGGAUGGUCUUAUUUCUUUCAGAUGAAGUGCCAUUUGUGUUUCAGCUCAGUCCUUUGCUGAGUAAAAGGAAUACUCCCUGACACUCAUCCAGAAUUGUGUCAGCCAUGCGAAAGAGAAUUCUGUUUAGCGAUAGAACAUAUUUAGUGAUAGGUAGAUAUUUUCAUCAUUAUUUUACUUACCAGGCUCAUGGCAUGAUCUUCAGGACAAAUUCGUGGACAAAAAUCAUAUUGAAAGAUGGAUACAUGUAAUCAUCGUCAGUGAGCUGUAGUAAACUAGUGGAAGCUAUUGAAUCGUAUUAUCAGUGUUUUCAACUAAGUUAAUUAAAAGUCAUCUUAUUUGGAGUCAUCAUGCCACAGCCUUUAGAGUUAGCAGGAUUUUAUAUGACUGGCCUUUUUUUCCCCCCUUUAAUUAGUUGGGUUUCAUGAAUGACAGUACUGAAGCUAUUAACUGUUUCAUGGAGAAGUAUAAGCCUGCAAUAUUUCCUCAAAGGUGUCCACUUCACACCCCUGGAUUUUAAGUGAAAAUUGUGUUCAGUCCAUCUGCUCAUAUAAUCCCUAAGGAAGCCCACAUAUCAAUGAAUAGGAAACAAAAUCUGCUAGUAAGCUAAAAACAGAAAAACCUAAGUAAAAUUCUAGCCAAUGAAAAGAAAGCACCUUUGAAAGAAACCAUUUGAGAACAUUACAGUUUUUUUAUUUGAUCUGCAGAAUGGUUUAUAGUCAAAUUUUGAAAACUUCCUCACCACCAGAAUAGUUACAUUUUAUAGCAUAUAUAACAUGUUAAUAAUAUAUGCCAGCCAAAAAGACAGAAUCUGGGAAUAAUAAAAUUGCAGCCAGUUUGGUAAAUGCAAAAACCAGAAUAGAAUUAAAAUUUCAGUAAUGAAUUCAACAAAAAGAUGUCAAUUAGAAAGGAGCAGGGUAUAAGAGGUACAUUUAAGAAAAGUCUCUACAUGAUAGAAUAUUGUGGUCUGGUUGGUAUUACCUGGCUAAAGUUACGGAAUGUAAACUAGUAGGCAUGUUAUUGAUCUACUGAAACGCUUUAGAGAAAAUUUAAGAAAGAUAUCAGUCAAAACUGUCAAGUAUGUGUAUCAGAAUAUAAAUAAUUUUUUACAUUUUAUUGUUACUGUAAAAGAAAAUGGUGGUAAUGGAACUGGCUGGGUUUCUGAGGUGAAAUCCAGAGUAAGAUUACUGGAUAGACAGUUCAACAAGCCACAACUAAUAGUACAGAAAGAGGAUAUAGCUAUUUCAUACUUUUAUAACUUUUGAGAAUAAGACAUCCUUUUAGGAUGAAAAACGAUCAAAAAUAUUGAGAUCUGAGUCUGUUGUACGAUAAGAACUGGGGCUCAUGUUAUAAAACCUUCCAUAUUACCUGAGGGUACCUGUGAGAAACAGUUUCUUCCCCUGUAGUGGUUCUGUUGGAAGAGAAAGUGUAUACAAAAAAUGAAAUCCUACCAACAGCAGAGAAAGUCUAGAGAAUUGAUAGUACCUCGUAAAGUGCUAUUCUUCUAUUAUAGACAACAUCUAAUAUACCAGUUUAUAUUCAUUUCUUUAUACUUUUGUAGUAAUUUGUUUAAUAAUAUUUUGGAUCAUUACCACCUUUUCCAUUUGGAAUACAUUAGUAUCCUUUUUACUUCUCAAGGAAGGAAGAAUCUUUUGAUAAUUAUUGAGUUCAACCUCCAAUGAUGACUUACAUUUUAGACCUAUUAACUUUUAAGAGGGUCAGAACCCUCUUUUGUCUUAUUAGUUAAAUCCUCGUUUAAUCUCUCCAGUAUGAAUAUAAAUGUGUCCUCCAUCUACCCAUCAGCUAGAUAAGUAUCUUUCAGUAGAUAGCCUGGUGGUUUUAGAAGUAUGUGGUGAUUUUUAUGGGAAGGAAUUUUCCUAAGUUGUUGUUUAUAAGUGGUCUCAGCUAUUAACUAGGGAAGCUUUUUAGGGGGUAAUCUCAGGUUUGAUGCCUGUUUCACCCAGAGCAGCAGCAUUUUCCUCAUUGAUAUAGGUGAGAUCCUUAGGAAUUCUUAUCGCAAAAGAUGCAUGUAUUGAAAGUAAGAAUUUAAGGCAUUUCUUUUGCGUAAAUGAAUUCUACCUGCUGGACAGAAACUUGGACAAUUCUUUGAAAUUCGCUGAAUUGCAGUUUAGUGUGUCCUGAUUACAGCAGGUAACUAUUUAUCAAGCCUUUGCUAUAUUGGAUUUUUCAUAAGAAACUUAUAUCCUAAAAUACAACUGUAUUAAUAAUGCAAGUGACACCCUAAAAUUGGAUGGUUUAUCAAAACCAACAAAAGGGAUUUCACACAUUGUUUUUGCUUUUUAGAGUUAAGAGCGCAUGCUAUAGUACUUGCUGGUAGCAAUUCCUGUAACACAAAUGUUGAGUUAUUUCAUUGAAAAACAGGAUUUUUCAGUCAUUUAUGGCACAAAAAAAGUUUGUGUAGUUCUUGUCCAAAUAACUCACUUAUUAAAAAGUCUUCGAAUCACCAUAAAUCAUCAUCCUUUAAGGAUUUAUUUUAAGAUGCUGUUUUAAAAAGUUCAGAAGUUUUUAUACAGGUAGAUUUUUCCUCCACUAAUAGGUGGUACCUUCUUAAUACUAGCUGAUGUUAGCUAUAACAAAACUCCAGUGAGGCCAGGGAAUCCCAAAUUCUUUGUAAAAGAAGAAAUCUUUUAGGAUCAGAUUUCCCCUUCUAAUACCAUUGAAGAUGAUGUUGCUUUGAUUUAUCCAUGAAGUAUUUUAACUGUAAGAACUCUUGAAGAUAAUGGUUGGGUAAGUGAUUUUCUUUUUAACUUGGUUGGUUAAAGUUGCAUUUUGAAAUUCACUUAUUUUAAGAUUGGAUAGCGUUGUAAUCAUGAAAACUGAAUGUUUGCAUGUACUUACCCAUGUUCUCUUAAAAAGAUAUAUCAUAUGCAGAUGGUAAAGACCAAACCAAUGGCUGCACUGUAGGUCUGCUUCUUGAUUUGUUCUGCUGCUUUUUAUGUUGUAGAAAGUGAAAUUCUAGCAACACUCUUUAAUUCUGUUAUCUUUUUGAUACUUAUUAAAAUGUAUUAGGAUUUACUGUAUCAUGCUUUUCAAAGCCAUAACUCUUAAAAACUUUGUUUUUGCAUAUUGUUUGCUAAUACUUUAUUUUAAUAAAUUUCAAAACCUG